GUCCCUGAAUAUAAGCCAGGUGUGUGUAGCUCAGCUCACUAGUGCGACUCGCUCACUGAUGAAAGAGGAAGACGUGAAACAAAUACCAAAAGCAACAAAGCAGAAAAUACACUAGAAAGCUCAGAUCAUUUUCUCUUUUUCUUUCACAAUUUCUACCAAUCUAAUCCAAUCUAACCCAAUCCAAUUGUUUCAAUCUCGGUGUCAUAUAACAGAGCAUUGCUGCUGUCCACAUAGUUGACCAAGAUGGCAAAUUUGCAAAUUACUGGUAUUCUGGAAAAGAUGACGGGUAAGGAUAAAGAUUACAGAUAUAUGGCGACAUCCGACUUGCUUAAUGAGUUAAAUAAGGACACAUUUAAAGCUGAUGCCGAUUUGGAGAUAAAGUUGUCAAACAUUGUUCUGCAGCAACUUGACGACGUAGCUGGCGAUGUUUCUGGAUUGGCUGUGAAGUGUCUUGCUCCGCUGGUCAAGAAAGUCAGUGAGGCACGAGUUGUGGAGAUGACUAAUAAAUUAUGUGAUAAAUUGCUCAAUGGCAAAGAUCAGCACCGUGACAUUGCAAGCAUAGCUUUGAAGACAAUUGUAUCUGAAGUGACAACUCAAUCUCUUGCUCAAUCCAUUCUUGUUUCUUUACCUCCACAGUUGAUAAAAGGAAUAACUAGUCCAGGGAUGAGCACAGAGAUAAAAUGUGAAUGUCUUGAUAUUUUAUGUGAUGUCCUCCAUAAAUUUGGAAAUUUGAUGGCAACUGACCAUGAGCUGCUUUUGAAUGCACUUCUAUCCCAACUGAAUUCCAAUCAAGCCAGUGUAAGAAAGAAGACUGUUUCUUGUAUUGCAUCUCUUGCUUCGAGCUUGUCGGAUGAUUUGUUGGCGAAGGCAACAGUUGAAGUUGUUCGGAACUUGAGAACUAAGGGUGUGAAGCCUGAAAUGACCCGCACAAACAUUCAGAUGAUUGGUGCUUUAAGCCGUUCUGUGGGAUAUCGAUUUGGACCUCAUCUUGGAGAUACAGUGCCAGUUUUGAUUAAUUACUGCACUAGUGCAUCAGAGAAUGAUGAGGAGCUCCGUGAAUAUAGCUUACAGGCACUAGAAAGUUUUCUGCUCAGAUGCCCCAGGGACAUUUCUUCAUAUUGUGAUCAAAUUCUUCAUCUUACUCUAGAAUACCUAAGUUAUGAUCCAAACUUCACUGAUAACAUGGAAGAGGAUACAGAUGAUGAGAAUCACGAAGAGGAGGAAGAUGAUGAGAGUGCAAAUGAAUAUACUGAUGAUGAGGAUGUUAGCUGGAAAGUUCGAAGGGCAGCAGCUAAAUGCUUGGCAGCCUUAAUUGUAUCUCGUCCUGAACUGCUUUCAAAACUCUAUGAGGAGGCCUGUCCUAAACUGAUUGACAGAUUCAAAGAAAGGGAAGAAAAUGUGAAGAUGGAUGUAUUCAAUACAUUCAUUGAGCUACUUCGCCAAACUGGAAAUGUUACAAAAGGGCAGAUUGACACAAAUGAAUCAAGCCCAAGAUGGCUACUGAAGCAGGAAGUGCCAAAGAUUGUUAAAUCUAUAAAUAGGCAGCUUCGAGAGAAAUCUAUCAAGACAAAGGUUGGUGCAUUUUCUGUUUUGAAAGAACUUGUGGUUGUCUUGCCAGACUGUCUGGCUGAACAUAUUGGAUCACUCAUUCCAGGAAUUGAAAAGGCAUUAAAUGAUAAAACAUCAACCUCAAACUUGAAGAUUGAAGCUCUUAUAUUUACUAGACUGGUAUUGGCUUCACAUUCUCCCCCUGUUUUCCACCCUCAUAUCAAGGCUCUUUCUAGUCCGGUUUUAUCAGCUGUUGGUGAACGGUACUACAAGGUAACAGCAGAGGCACUAAGAGUAUGUGGGGAACUCGUUCGUGUUGUGCGUCCAAAUAUUCAGGGCUUGGGUUUUGACUUCACACCUUAUGUUCAUCCAAUCUACAAUGCCAUUAUGUCCCGAUUGACAAACCAAGACCAAGACCAGGAAGUUAAGGAAUGUGCUAUUUCUUGCAUGGGACUGGUUAUUUCAACGUUUGGUGACUACCUCAGGACAGAGUUACCCGCAUGCCUUCCUGUACUAGUUGACCGGAUGGGGAAUGAAAUAACACGACUUACAGCUGUAAAGGCUUUUGCUGUCAUUGCUGCUUCUCCUCUUCGGAUUGAUCUAUCUUGCGUUUUGGAGCAUGUAAUUGCAGAGUUAACAGCAUUCCUGCGAAAAGCCAAUCGUGCUCUGAGGCAGGCAACAUUAGGGACACUUAAUUCGUUGAUUGUGGCUUAUGGUGAUCAGAUUGGUUCGUCCGCCUAUGAAGUUAUUAUUGUUGAACUUGCAACUCUUAUAAGUGAUUCAGACUUGCACAUGACAGCACUUGCUCUGGAACUCUGUUGCACUUUGAUGGCAGACAGGAGGUCAAGCCCAAAUGUUGGCUUGGCUGUUAGAAAUAAAGUUCUUUCCCAGGCACUGACACUAAUCAAAAGCUCCUUGCUACAGGGUCAAGCCCUUUUGGCUUUGCAAAACUUCUUUGCUGCAUUGGUCUAUUCUGCAAAUACAAGUUUUGAUACUUUACUCGACUGCCUUCUUUCCAGUGCAAAGCCAUCUCCUCAGUCAGGUGGUGUUGCAAAACAGGCCUUAUAUUCAAUAGCCCAAUGUGUGGCUGUUCUCUGCCUUGCUGCAGGUGACCAGAAAUGUUCAUCCACAGUGAAAAUGCUCACUGAUAUUCUUAAAGAUGACAGUAGUACCAAUUCAGCUAAGCAGCACCUUGCCUUGCUGUGCCUUGGGGAGAUUGGGAGAAGGAAGGACCUAAGCUCGCAUGUGCAUAUAGAAAACAUUAUUAUUGAAUCCUUUCAGUCUCCAUUUGAAGAGAUCAAGUCUGCUGCUUCUUAUGCUCUUGGCAAUAUUGCUGUUGGUAAUCUGUCCAAGUAUCUGCCUUUUAUCUUGGAUCAGAUUGAUAAUCAGCAGAAGAAACAGUAUCUCCUGCUUCAUUCUCUGAAGGAGGUUAUAGUAAGGCAAUCUGUAGAUAAAGCAGAGUUCCAGGACUCUAGUGUUGAGAAGAUACUUAAAUUGCUAUUUAAUCACUGUGAGAGUGAGGAGGAGGGAGUGCGAAAUGUUGUCGCUGAGUGCCUAGGGAAAAUUGCACUAAUAGAACCUGCAAAACUUGUUCCUGCACUUAAGGUGAGAACAACUAGUCCAGCUGCAUUCACUAGAGCAACUGUAGUCAUUGCUGUAAAAUAUUCUAUAGUUGAGCGUCCAGAGAAGAUAGAUGAAAUUAUUUAUCCUGAGAUUUCAUCAUUUCUUAUGCUCAUCAAGGAUCAUGACCGGCAUGUCAGGCGUGCAGCUGUUUUAGCAUUAAGUACAUUUGCUCAUAAUAAGCCUAAUCUUAUUAAGGGACUUCUUCCUGAAUUAUUACCGCUUCUCUAUGAUCAAACAGUUGUUAAGAAAGAAUUGAUACGAACAGUUGAUCUAGGGCCUUUCAAGCAUAUUGUGGAUGAUGGACUUGAGUUGAGGAAAGCUGCUUUUGAAUGUGUGGACACAUUGUUGGAUAGUUGUCUUGAUCAAGUAAACCCAUCAUCUUUCAUUGUUCCUUACCUGAAAUCUGGUCUUGACGAUCAUUAUGAUGUUAAAAUGCCUUGCCAUCUUAUCCUCUCAAAACUUGCAGAUAAAUGUCCUUCUGCUGUUUUGGCUGUACUGGACUCUCUGGUUGAUCCUCUCCAAAAAACUAUCAAUUUUAAGCCAAAGCAAGAUGCUGUCAAGCAAGAAGUAGAUCGCAAUGAAGACAUGAUCCGCAGUGCUCUUCGGGCAAUUGCUGCCUUGAAUCGAAUAAGCGGAGGAGAUUGCAGCCUUAAAUUCAAAAGCCUUAUGAGUGAAAUUUCAAGAUCUCCUACACUUUCAGAAAAGUAUUAUUCCAUCCGUAACGAGUGAUGAGCAUGUUAAUCUUCAAAUCGGGUGGUUGUAGUGAAUGUCAUGAGGGAAAGAAAAAUAUGGAUGUUUUGAUGUGUGUGCUGUAGAAGCUCCAGUACGAGGAAAAAUUAAAAGAAUUGGAGAGAUCAAUGGCCCCAGUUACAGGUGUAUAAUGCGGGGAAAUUAGUUUAAGAAUGCUAAAGUUUUGGGUUGAAGAAGCUGAUAAGAAGGGGAUUACAUGACCAUUUUCCUAUGAUGCAAAAUACAGGCCAAUGGAUUUUUAUGUAUAGGUUGGGUCAAAAUGCUUCUUCUCUCUUAAUACCAUUGAUAUUAAUAUUGCAAUUGUUGCUUUAUCCAUUUGAGAGAAGAGGUUGGCUGCUUUACCAAACAAUUGGUUGUACUGUUUAAUUCAUAUGGAUGAUAGAAUCCUAAAUGCAUUUUUUGAAUUUCAGACCAUGGAACAAAAAAACUUAAAUUAGCAUUUUGGUUUGAA